AUGACUGGGGAAGAAAAUGCGACGAAUGCGUCCACUACGGAGUUGCUGCAGCAAAUGCAAACUCGCGUGCACUGGGGUGUCAGCGACGUCGCAUUGCUGUUCCUGAUUAUGGUCGUCGUAUUCGGCAACAGUUUGGUGAUUUUUGCCGUAUUGAUCGAUCGGAAACUGAAAACAGUAACCACGAACAAGUUCAUAGCGAGUUUAGCCGUUAGCGAUCUCCUGGUUGGACUUGUGGUUAUGCCAUUGUCGUUAUACUAUAAGCUCAACAAUGAUGAAUGGACACUCGGCUAUACUUGGUGUCAAUUCCAUCUCGUAUCAGGGGUUUUUUCAACAACUGCCAGUAUUGUUCAUCUAGUGGCGAUCAGCUUGGAUCGGUACUUCGCCAUCAUGUUCCCCACGGAAUAUCAACGACAUUGUGUUUCCACAUCAACGUUACCGUAUGUGGUGAUGAUUUGGGUGAUGGCAUUGGCCGUUAGCUCAACGCUGUUCAUGGAGCAGAAGCUCCACUCGGAGACGAUAUGUUGGAUCGAUAAUCCACAGUACAUAGUGCUCUCCUCAUUUCUUUCGUUCUUUCUACCGGGUGCCAUUGUCGUAUAUCUAUACAUAAAGAUAUUCAAGAAGCUCAGGAAUCAUCAACUUUAUAUGUUUGGACAGGCUACGCAAAAACACGCCGACAAAAAGCAGUCACUACCGCGGGUCAUAAUCGAAGAGGUCCGCUCCAGACGUGGCUCAAGAAUGUCACAGUCAGGGUCACAAUGCGGCAGCCCAACGAGAAGAUCAUCUAAAGAUCGAUCACCGAGUCAACCAGAUAUCCACUGCGUGGCUAAACCACUUCAACGAUGGCGAAGUCCAACAAUUUGCGCUGAAACCUUGGCGCACGAUCGAUGUGUGGCCGCUAAAAAACGGGUGUCCAUAGUUCCAGAUCCACCGUCAAUGGAUGUCAGUAUUAGUUUAGCCUGUGCUGCUCAAAUGAGGGCUGAACACGAGCAAAACAAGCUCCGGGAAGAGGAGAUGAAAACCGAUAUGGAUCCAGUUAGGAAGAAAAGCGAAGAAGAAGUGCGAAAAUUGAGUGAGGAACGACGGAGGAAGAUUAUCGAACGACGACGGAUGAGUACACAGGAUAGUCCGAACGGUGUACCGAUUAUGCAGGCUUUUCAGAAGGCUUACUCCGAAGUUCGAGCUGGCAGGCGCCGUUCAAUCCAAGAUUUUGAGUUCUCUGUUGGCCAAUAUGCGUCACGCACACAUUUGCCUACGGUAUGCGAUGACGAAGGAUCGCCCACCGAAAGUCGAUCGAGGGAGAGCAGCUUUGCGGAAACAGUGAUAGCCCUUGAACAGACACCACCAAAACCGUCGAUUAGGGAGGACUCACAUGAGGAAUCUGCAUCAACGGAUGCUAGUCAAAAACCGUUACUUGCAGUGCCUCCCCAUCACAGACAGAGAAAGUCGAUCACAUGUCUUCCUCCACCGACUUUCCUCAUAGUUCCAGCGAUGAUGGCAAUGAACACGCCACCUCAAUCGCCGGGGAUUCGUGAAAAUAAAAAUUCAACAUUAAGGGUACCUCGACUUUUCGACUGCCCAUCACCGUGUUCGGUCCCAUCAAACAGUAGCCAUUCCUCUUACACCUCAGCGAGUAGCGGUGACACUUUUCGGCGUAUCUCUAUGAACAGUUACGGUAGUAGCCUUACGGAUAAUACAGAUUCGACGUUUGAAAUUGAUUCAAGGCGGUCAUCUGCUUGGUCCACGCUACGAAAUGCUGUGAUGGAAGUUGGUGGUAGCGGACGUAAGGCUGCUGUAGACAUCACAAUAGACGGAUCUAAUGGCACACCACAAAAAAAGGUUUCAUCGAUAAGUCGAGGGAAAUUACGAAGAAUCGCUACACAGGUCACACGAGCAAUUCGACGGAAACGACGAGAAUCAAUGGCGAUUCGUCGUGAAUCACGUGCUACACGAGUAGUUGCAGCAAUUCUUAUUGCUUUCCUGAUCUGUUGGAUACCGUAUUUUUGCGUGAGCGUGAUUCGUGGUAUUGCUACGGGUUUUUCCAUGGAAAUUAACGUUCGUCUACAUUUACAAUUGUAUUUGAUAACAUCAUGGCUUGGAUAUGCCCAUUCUUGCUUUAAUCCGGUGAUCUAUAUGUGCCUGAACAAGAACUUCCGUUCUACAAUGAGACGUAUGAUUGGUAGGACGCGAAAAGAAGAUCACUAA